AUGGAAGCACAUAUCCCUAGGUCGUCAUCUCAUAUCAGCCAACUUUCACCGUCCUUAGGUAGUGAUGACCCUAUUUUAACUGAUUUGAUGAAGUUAAGUCCUCAUAAACCUUCAAUAGUAACGAAAGACGACAGGCGAGAGAGGCCCCCCGAAUCAAUAAAUGAAUAUAGCAAAAAGAUCAACGUUCUAUUGACACAACUUAAAGAGAAAUCAAAGGUUCUUGAAAAUCAAAGAAUAUCUUUUGAGGCUGCCUUAUUUGAUUUGACUUCUUAUAUUCCAGUUUCGUCGAUCAUUACCAAAGACUCAUCCGCACUGCAAACUAUAUAUCCAAAUGAAACCUUAUCUAAAAUCUUAGUGGACAACUAUAGUGAUCUUAUAGAAUUGUCAUCAAAUUAUUUCAACUUGUCGUUGGCUUCUCAUGUCACAAAGUAUACUGUGGAGCUCAUAUACUCAUUGCAGUAUUGGGAGGUUUAUCAUUUAGUUUACCUAAUUCCCAACCUCAAGUAUUUCUUGAAAUUAUUAGGUUUCGAAAUAUUUCAAACUCCUUUCGGUGUACUAGUCAAACCCCCACUCACCUAUGUUGAGGAAUCUAUGCUAGGAGGCUUACAAUACCCUUUUCCCUAUCCUUUUUACAAUUAUUCUUAUCACUCCUUCGAUGAAGAUACAGUUGCUUCUAAAUAUUCUAAGAUCAAGGUUAAUCCUUAUAUUGAUAUCACGUUGAAGAAUGUAAAUCGGCAACGAAAAGUGGCCGAUGAGAAGUCUAGAGCUGGAGCUAGAAUUGGCAACUUUAAUAAUCAAUCACCCCUCCUGACGCCUCCAAGAGCCAUAUCUAGGAGUAAGUAUAGCAGAUAUCAGGACAAACAUGAUGAAGGAGAUGAAGAGGAUGAGGAGGAGGAGGGGGAAGAAGAAGAGGAAGAAGAUGACGAAGAGGAGGAAGAGGACGAGGAAGAGGAGGAUUACGGCGAAGGGGAAGAGAAUGAUAGUAGAAUGCUCGAAGAGAAUAUGAUGAGUAGUGCUACAAAUCAUGGAGAUAUGGCUAGCUCGCCAACAGGAGCAUCAAGUAAAAACGAUCAUAAACAGGAAUUAAUGUUUAUACUGCUUUCUCCGGCAGCUGGAAAUAGCAAAACUUCUGCGCCUGGUGGAAGCUCUAAUUCUGGCAUGGCAGGCUCGAAUGAAAAGAAAAACAAAUCUAAAUCAGGGGUAAUUCACCAGUGUCAUCUUGUCGAUCCGAAUACACUUAGGUCAUGCUUGAAGAUAUUUUAUGGGAAAAAUGAGCUCCUUCGUCAUCAAGAAUUCGUACACGCUACAAAGAAAAAAAUAUAUAAAUGUAUCUAUUGCUCACGUAAUGGCUCAAAGAUACAAAGUUACCCCAGACAUGAUUCCUUGGCUCGUCAUAUCAGAAGAAAGCAUGGGAUUACUGGAAAGGAGAAUAAAAUGGCAGUCAAUUAUGCAAAGGAAAAUGUGGAAAUAAUUGAUGAUCCUUCUCAAAUCAACAUUAAUUUGAGAAAACGCCGAUCAAUAACUGAAGAAUCGAUUGAACAAGAUAAAAAGAUGAAAGUGGAUAAUCUGGAUGGAGAGUCACAAAGUGAGUAUCAAGAAAAGCAGCUGGAAAACGAUAAGCGCCAGACAGACCAUGAUAAUAAGAGACAGAAAACUCUGCAAGAUCCACUACCUCACCCAGACUUUUUAAAUCCCGACUUUACUAUUAAAGCACCAUUUGCAGACUUUUUACUGUUUAAUAGUAGAGAACGUCCAGAGCCUCGUGCCAAUUAUCCGAACAGAACUCCUUCGCUGAGAGGAAAUACGCUACUUGAUGUUCUUGAACUUCCACCUAUCGAGAGCAAUACAGGUCAAGCUGUAUCUCAUCAACAGAAAAAUUUGCAGAAAUCUCCAAUUGAGCGAUACAGCAAAGAAUACCAACCCGAAAAAUUUAAGGAUAUGUCCUUGAAAGAUAAUUUUCAAAAGUUUCGCAUCAGCCAACCUAGUCGUCUGCCUCCUCAUCAUACACACUUGUCCCAGCUUGACAAAAAUCAUAGGCAAACAGACCAAAGCUUUCAAAAAUAUCCAAGAGAAGAGAAUUUACAGCAAGAAAAAAUCAAAAUACAUGACUUACCUUCUCCCCCACAAACUCAGCCGCAAUUGCAGCUUAAUUCUUUAAACCAAUAUUCAAAUAUCCAUAAACUUCCUCAAGUGCACCUGAUUCAGCCACCACCACCUCAAUUUUUACAUCUGUUCGUGUCUCACAACCAACAGAUCAGACCUUCACAGACUUUUGAAACACAGCACCCAUCCAGCACACCAGGAGUUCCAUUUACUGCCAUGAAUCCUCAGCAGUUUUAUCAGUUUGAAGCUAAGCCUAAAAACGAUAAAAAGUCCAUGGAACUAUCUUAUAUAAAUUCUGACUCCAAGAGAAAAUGA